UGCUUUUUCCUUAUUCUCAAAUGUAUAGGCAAGAUUUAUAUUUGUCUACAAAACUAAUUUCAAGCAGUUCAUUCAGUCAGCUAAGUGAGUCUAUGAAUGAAAGUGGCCUCGAGUUAUGAAACCUCUUACAGAAAAUAGAAGACAAAAAUCCUAUAGCAAAAAAAAUGUAUUAAAAACAAACAAAAAAUCUCUAUAUUCGUAGAUAUUACCGUUGUAAACCUAAAAAGCCCUUGUAUAUCCCCCAUCUGACAGAAAUUAUGAGUAAAAGGCGAUUCUCAACUAGUACAAACAGACCCAACCGGAUCAAAGUUCAACCUAGUGGAGUCCAGCCGAAAAGCAAACAGCUUAAAUUGAGAGUUGAAUAUCCAGAAUAAAAAAAAUUGGAUUUAUUUAAGCCGAGUCGUGACUGAAGUCAAGUGCUACUAAAAGUGAGUAGCCUAGCGCGUGAGAAGCGUUUUAAUGAGCGAACGCAGCCUCGUUUCUGUCAGUCUUCAUUGAGCGACUGAAGUCCUGAAUUGUUUACUUGUCUUGGACCUGUGUGUUAGUUUUACGCUUAGUGUAUUUCUGUAUUUCAUAUUUUGAAACGUGCAGGAUUGUGACCAUUGCUUAUAUCAGCACGUCACAAUUGUCUCAAACAAAUUGUUCCCUUUGAAGUUUGUGGAAACUCUCCAGCACACGGGGGCUUGAUUGUAUUUUACUUUGCGAGUUUUGCUGACCUGAAGAUCAAGCUCUGAAGAUGUGGAGGUUGUCUGCGUUUCUUAGACGUUGCAUUACAACUUCCCCCAGCAGACAUCGCAAAAAAGACAGCCUGUUUAUCAUCCAUCCUAAUGUGAAAGAGGCUUUAGCGGAUCACAGGCCAGUUGUGGCUUUGGAAAGCACUAUUAUCACACAUGGAAUGCCUUAUCCUCACAAUCUCAGUACAGCAAAGGAAGUGGAGGCGAUUGUGAGGGCUGAAGGUGCCAUCCCUGCAACCAUUGGGAUUCUUGAGGGCAGCAUUCAUGUGGGCCUUUCUUCAGAUGAACUGGACUUCCUGGCACAAAGCAAAAUGGCACUAAAAGUGUCCAGAAGGGACUUACCUUAUGUCAUCAGCAAGGGUUUGUCAGGUGGCACAACUGUCUCCGGCACAAUGAUUACGGCUCACAAGGCUGGGAUUCCUGUUUUUGUAACUGGAGGCAUUGGAGGAGUACAUAGAGAUGGAGAAAACUCUCUGGAUGUGAGCGCAGACCUCACUGAACUGGGUCGAACCCCUAUUGCUGUUGUGUCUGCUGGGGUGAAAUCCAUCCUAGAUAUCGGUCGCACUCUUGAGGUCUUGGAAACUCAGGGUGUGUGUGUGGCCACAUAUGGAGAUUCAAAGAGCUUCCCGGCUUUCUUCUCUCAGCAAAGUGGAUUUACUUCUCCUUACCAUGUCUCCAGUCCUCAAGAAGCAGCGGAUCUUAUUGUUAGCACACUAUCUCUGGGGCUGCAAAGUGGUCUACUGUUGGCCAUUCCCAUCCCUGAGGAACAUGCAGCCACAGGACAACAGAUAGAAGAUGCCAUACAAACAGCUGUGUCGGAGGCCAGCUCAAAAGGUGUCACAGGAAGAGAUGUCACCCCUUUUAUCCUUCAGCGAGUCAAUGAGCUGACUAAAGGGAAGUCCUUGCAAGCCAAUAUAGCACUCAUCCAAAACAAUGCCAAGGUGGGCAGUCAGAUUGCAUGUGCCCUUUCUAAACAUAAAGAGAAAAGUGGAGGCAACUUCAGAGGUGACAUUAAAACCCGAAAAUCAAAGGACCAGAGAAUAGACUCCAACACUGUGAUUGUUAUUGGUGGAAUAAACGUUGAUUUCAUCGCUAAAGGAACAACAAAGAAAUUGGUGUUUGGUCAGACAAAUCCAGGAAGUGUUUGUCAGUCUUUUGGAGGCGUAGGCAGGAAUAUUGCUGACUGUUUAAGCAGAUUAGGGCACAAGCCUCUCUUCAUCUCUGCCAUUGGCAAAGACUCUCAUAGCGACGCUGUGCUAAACUAUUGUAAACACAUGGAUACAAGCGCAGUUGCCAGAUUACAGGACCAAAGGACUGCGACCUAUUGUGCUGUUAUAACUGAGUCUGGGGAGCUGAACCUGGGAUUGGGCGACAUGGACAUCCAUCAGCAAAUACAAGAGCAAUAUGUAUCUCAGUUUGAGGAUCAGCUUGCAUCAGCAUCUCUUGUAGUUCUUGAUGGCAACAUUCCCGUUUCAACCAUCGAUUACGUGUGCCAUAUCGCCAAGAAACAUGCAGUCCCUGUGUGGUUUGAGCCCACGGAUGCUGAUAAGGCCUGUAAGCCCUUCCUGUCAGAGAGCUGGAAAGCUCUAUCUUACACCUCCCCCAAUCUGGCUGAGCUCUGCACCAUGAAUCAUACACUAGGUCUGCCUACUCCUACAGAGUGGCCCAGAUCACUUGAGGAUGUGUUGGGCUGUGUACCGGCUCUCUCCCGCCCCCUGCUGGAGCAUCUGAAUUGUGUGGUGGUCACUUUAGGUGCGUUGGGUGUGAUGGUGUGUGGAGAACAUGAUGCUGGGACUGUGAAUUUGCAGCCACAAAAGCAAAAGCUGAAGGGACGGCUGUGUGCUGUUCAUUAUCCAGCGCUGGCUAUGAGCUCUAAAGAAACAGUAAAUGUGUCUGGAGCUGGUGACAGUUUUGCUGGAGCAAUGAUGGUGGGGAUCUUACAAAGGUUGGACACAGACAGCUGUGUGCGUAUGGGUCUCCUUGCCGCCCGCACAUCCUUGCUGUCUCCUCAUCCAAUAGAUCCAUCUCUGACAGCAGAUGCCAUCCAUCUGGAAAAGUCACACUCUCAACUGUGGUCAAAGCCUUCAUGUGUGUGGAUAGAGGACUGAAAUACAAUCAGAAAGAGAUUGAAGUCUUGUCAGCAAACAUCUACAGUCGUGAUGCAUCAGGCUGUACAUAUAGGUGGUACUUUUGUAGAGUUUUGCUACAAACAAACUCAAAUAUGGGUGCAUACCAAGGAGUGUCUGCAGACUUCACAUGUAAUGUAAUUAAUUGAAUUUGAGUAGAUUGAUUUAUUUUUUUAAAUGAAUGGGUCUAAACCUCUGUCACACUGAUCUUAUCUGUAGUAGUGGACACCUUCAGAAACAUGAAAAUCCUACCUCGUAACUGAAACAACUGUGUUUUUAGCAUUUUAUAGUAUUAUAACUCUUGUGUUUAUAAAUGACAGAGUUAAGACUUUUUUUAAUAACUAAUUUUUAAUUGUCAACUACAA